UCUCUCUCUCUCUCUCUCUCUCUCUCUCUCUCUCUCUCUAUUUUUUAACACCCCAUGAACGGACACCCGCAUCUGCUCAACUCUGCUUUUUUAUAUCCUUAUCCCCUGCAACUCCACCCCACCAAUUAUUGCUCUCUCUCUCUCUCUCUCUCUCUCUCUCACUCAAAUUAAGAACUGGGAGUUUUGAUUCUUCUCUCUCUCUGUGAGAUCUGUCUCUCUUUCUCUCAAAUAGAUAAUCCAUAACACACCCCAUCUCCCUCCCUCUCUUUCUCUCGCCUCUCUCUCAUGAGACUCCCCUGUCUCUCUGGCAUUGCUUUUUUCCACUCUACGUUCUGCUGAAAUUACCAAUAGAAGAGGACCCAUGAUCGUCAAAUUCACUGGACCUCAAUAACAACCAUUGGAGCUCUCCCUGCGACUCUAAUGGCGCUCGAGUCGUGGCUCAUCAAAGCGAGCGUCUCUCUAAAAUCCACACUCUUAAACUCGUGGAGGAGGCAAGAGAAGGCACCCCAAGUUGGAGUUCUCGCAUUUGAGAUUGCAGGUCUCAUGUCUCGGAUCAUGCACCUAUGGCGUUCUCUCUCUGAUAAUCAAAUCUCUCGAUUAAAGGCGGAGACCAUAACUUUAGAAGGAAUAAGAAAGAUAGUUUCUAAUGAUGAUUCCUUUCUUCUCAGUCUUGCUUGUGCUGAAAUUGCAGAGAAUUUGAGGCUAAUUGCUGCUUCUGUUAGUCGAUUAGGCCAAAGAUGCAGAGACCCGAGUUUGUGGAGCUUUGAUCGCAUUUUCAUGGAGUUUGUGAAGACUGGUUCAGAUCCCAAUAAUUGGGUCAUGAGUUUCAGAGAGAUGGAAUCAAAGCUCAAAAGAAUGGAGAAGCUUGUUUCUGCAACUUCAGGGCUUUAUAAAGAGAUUGAGAUUCUUUCCGACCUUGAAGGUGGGCUUAGAAAGAUUCAGAGUGAUAGGAAUUCAAACUCAAAUUCAAAGAGUUGCAGAGCCAUUGAUCUUCACCAAAAGGUAGUUUGGCAAAGAGAGGAGGUAAGAUAUUUAAAAGAGAGCUCAAUUUGGGGUCGAAGCUUUGAUUUUGUGACCGCCAUUUUAGCCAGAUCAGUCUUUACUGUGUUUUCAAGGAUCAGACUGGUUUUCUCCAUUGAAACACAGUGGAAGCACGGUUCACCAUUAACUCGUAGCUUCUCUGCAACUGUUUACCCCUCCUCCGAAAACCCAAAUUAUAGUAAGCCUUUAAUGGUGAAAUCAGGGUCGUUAAACCCAAACGAGAAGCUCUGCAACAAACCAGAGAAGCUCUUGAACAAACCCAAGUUUUUUUAUACCAAUAGUAAGCUUCUUAACCCCCCUUCUUCUACUCUUGGGGCCUCUGCUCUAGCUUUACAUUAUGCAAACUUGGUUUUAGUGAUAGAAAGGCUAGUGAGAUCGCCCCAUUUGAUCGGCCCUGAUUGUCGAGACGAUCUAUACGGUAUGUUACCAAAUACUAUAAGAAUGGCUUUGAAAUCAAGGCUUAAAGCAUAUUCAAAAAGCUUAAGUUUCUCUGCAGUGGACCCUUCACUUGCAGGAGAGUGGAGCAAAGCUUUAGAAAGGAUUCUUCAGUGGCUUUCGCCUUUGGCUCAUAAUAUGAUCAGAUGGCAAUCUGAGAGGAAUUUUGAGCAGCAAAAUUUGGGGGCAAGAACUAGUGUUUUGUUGUUGCAGACACUUUAUUUUGCAAACCAGGAGAAGGUGGAGGCAGCCAUUACAGAGCUCCUUGUUGGGCUGAAUUAUAUUUGGAGGUUUGAGAGAGAGAGAAACAAUGUGGUUAUAGUGGAGUGGAGGGGUGAUGGGGAGUUUGAUGGGUGAUGUGAAAUGCAGGGAUUUUGGUGGUUCUUCAUGCUUGAUGAUACAAUUUGCUGAGAGGCAGUGAAGUUGGAUUGGAGAGAGAGAGAGAGAAGGGGACCUUUCACAUGUGAUGGGAAUUACAGGCAAUUUGUGGGUGCUUCUUUAUUUUACAAUGGGCAUGAAAUGUGGAAAUUUUGUGUUCAUCUUUUGUUUUGGGGGGGUGGGGGAAGGGAGAGAGAGAUCUUUGUUAAGUACAAGAUCCUUUGUUUUUUAUUUUUUUUCUGAAUCUUUGGAGGAGAGCUAUGUACCCAUUUAUUGUUGUUGGGAUUUGCUCUGGUAUUUGUGUAUCUGAGGGUUUGUCUUAAUUUCUUUGAGAACCCUUACGUUGCAGGCUUGUAAAAUAUGUAAAGAGAGGGAGACCUACCUAAAGAAACCCUUUUCAUUGGA